AUGGAACGAUCAUCAUUGAUUUCUGUUAAUGUCAAAUACGACGAGAAAGAAUUGACAUAUUUCAUUACAAUGGAAGGAAAACUGUCUUCAGCUCUAAGUUACUUUAUUCUUGAUCUAAAAUCAAUUCUUUUAACAUCCAAGAAUCCUUUUAUAGUCUUCGAUGAACUUGGACGAUGUCUAAUGGAGGAUAGAUUAGUCGGUGAACUCUAUCGAUCUGACGAAAAUACACCAGUUCAAAUCCACAUUGUUCAAUGCAACGAACAAACGAAUUUCUGUUGUCAAGUAACAUUUAUAGAGAAUACCGAAUAUAGCCAAAGUGAAUGUUUUAUGCCCACGACUCUUUGGAAACAGAUGAAUUUAUGGCUGAAAUCUCAAAACAUUCUUUCUGAGAAUGCCAAGGAGAGUUAUUGCUUCUGGUAUAUCGAACAACAGUGUAUGAUCGACAACAAUCAAAGUCUUAGUUCAGUAUUGAAUCAAGUUGAGUCGAUUACUGUCGAUGUGAUCGAUGAUACAGAUUUUGUUGAUGUUAUAGUUUCUUUCGAUGGCAAUAGGCGUAGUGUGCAUGUUCUUAAAGCAUCGUCGGUUAAAGUUCUUCUCGAUAAUUUACGAUAUUUGAAUACAAAGAAUUUCAAUAUCUCGUCGACGGAUUGUACACUUGUUCUUCUAUCGGAUGAGGACGAACAGAAAAUUUUGGAAAUAUCUGAUAUGGAGAAUUCAAUUGGACAGUAUGUCUCAACUGUAGGUAAAGCAAUCCAAUUCCAGAUUUCUAUUCUUAUCAAAUUAAUUGACUAUGAGACUAAAGAAGAAAUUGCUGUUCCUGUAUCUUGCGGAAAUCUAACAGUAGAGCAAUUGAUGAAAUUAUCGAAGAUCACCGAUGCUCGAAUUCAUCCCGCUUCAAAUUCUACUAAAAUGGUUUUACCUAUGAAUUAUCAAUUGACAGUAAAUAAUGAAACUCAGUUAUUUCUAGUUCAUCACCAUCAGACAUGCCUCGUGUCAAUUGAACGAUUGAAAGGAAUUCUGAUUUCACUUAAUGACGAAUUAAUCACUCAGCAAUACAUAAGUAAUACUACUGUUGGCGACAUUUACAAACAAAACAAGGAUAUCAUUGAAGAAAAUCAGUAUCUUCUUUAUGGGCAAGAUAUCGUUCCAUCCUGCGGAACAGUGCUACAACUAUUGAUACGAACAGUGGAUUCGCCCAUUGAUUUCCGUAUUAUCGAUCAGAAACUCGUAGCAAAGGUAACGGUUACAUAUACUGAACAAGAGACUAGCAUUGAAUUCCAAUGUAAGGAAACGAUGAUGAUGAGUCGUGUGCGGCAAAUAGUUUGUCAAUUAUGGAAAUUAAACGAACAAUUUUAUUCUUUUAUACUCACUGAUGGUAGUGAAAUUGCGUGUUAUGACUACACUUUAAAUGAUCUCGGUGAAAAUAUUGAUGAUGUACAACUGACAUUGGUUUGUGCUGCUGAGGUUACAUGUACAAUAUCUUACGGAGAUGUUGUUAUUACUAUGCCUACGGCAGAUGAAGUUCUUGCAAAAGAUAUUAUCAAGCAGGCACUAGAGAAACUCCAUAUCCCACUAGAGGAAUAUGAUCGUUUUGAAUUAAAUGUAUUAGAAGAUCCAGAAAAUCCAAGUGGAGUUAAUGAAAAUUCAUCCAUAGCUGAUAUUAGAGAAGAUUUACCCGAUGAUAUGACUACUAUUCCAUUUCUAUUACUCAAACAGUAA